AUGGAGUCCGAGGCCGAGUUUGAUUCGGAGUUCGUUCGAAAAUAUGGCCCAGUGAGUGUGGAAUGGAUCGAGCCACCACCUACAAACAGACUCUUUGUUAGGCCUUACGCACUUAACUACUUCUUUGAUGGCAAGCUAUAUCGUACUAAGAAUGAACGUGGUUCUGCCGUAUUUGAGCUCUUUUUCGACCUCUUGUACGUUGGAAUCAUUGCUAACUUGGCAGAGGCUGCUAUUGAAGAGGCUACGGGUGCUUCUUUUGUCAAAUAUGUCCUUCUUUUCAUGGCAGCGUGGCAGAUAUGGACAGACAUGAGAGAGUUUAUGGACUAUUAUUAUAAUAACGAUUUGAGCCAAAAGGCUUACGUUCUUUGGAUCAUGGUACUUUUAGUGGUAUAUGCAAACAAUGCUAUUGAAGUAUUGGAGUCAAAAGCGCAGACCGGAUUGGUGGUUGGCUGCUAUAUUUUGGCUCGCUUUAGUGCAAUUCUCCUCACUCUAGUUUAUACGGUGUUUGUGAAAGAGCACAGGCGACAAAUGAGAUGGUUCUCUGGUUUUACCUGCGUUUCUCUUCUGGUAUUUGGGUUUAUCAUCAUUGCACCUCUGCGAGGAAAGAUCGCGAUAGCUGCUGUGUGCUAUUUUUAUGACACUAUCGUGUACGCAAUCACCUUCCACCCAUGGUUCAAAAAACUCAUAGGCGCUCGGUACUCCACUGCAGUAAAUAUCGAACAUGAAGUGGAAAGGCAUGGAGCUUUCGUCGUGAUAGCUCUCGGAGAAUAUCUUUAUACCAUAGUAGCGUCUUCUCCCGCUGCAAGCGGUUUCAAUGAAAGGACUGCGCGUGCAAUCAGUGUUCUCAUCGUCGCCUACUGCCUUGCGUGGUUUUACUUCCGUGGUGAGGGCUCCAGAAAGGCAAUCCACGCUCUCCGUCGCAGUGUAGUUUCUGCUUAUUGUUGGAUUUAUGUGCAUGUUCCACUCAUGAUCUCCCUCAUAAUCUCGGCAGAUGCAGCUGGCGCACUUACGAGAUCACACUCUUUUUACGCCAAUGAGCGCUUUGACUCCGAAAGUUUCGAAACCGAAAGACCGGAUUACCUGCAUUCUGUUCAGAUUUUCUACGGUGCGGGUGUCGGUGUUGCUAUCAUUUGCAUGAGCGUUUUAGCUCUGUGCGAUAAAAGCUUGGAUGCUGCUGGUGACAGCAACAUCCCAUCAAAAGUUCGACUCAUUCCUCGUAUACUGGUGUCGUUCGUAAUUUUUGGCAUGUCAUUUGCCCACAUCAAGAUUACUCUUUACAUGGGACUCAUCGCACUGUUGAUGAUUUUACAGCUACUUUUUGAGAGCAUUGCUGAGCUACCAAGGACGGAAAACGGCGAAAUUGCUCUGCUAUGA